GAGCGACUCAGUAAGUGCUGUACGGCUUACAUAUUAUAAAAUUAUUACUUAACGCAACCACGCCGACUUUGAUUAUGCCGGGAAUGAUGGGGAAAGGGUCGGAAUAUCUGGGAAAAGGUCGGUCAAAUGGCACGAAAAGCCCGUCGACCGCCUCGAAUGGACAUUUUUCAGACGAGAGCGGCAGUGACGACGAGCACGAUGUGGGCAUGCGUGUGGGAUCUGAUUACCAAGCUAAUAUUCCUGAGUUUGAUCCAGGUUCCACAAAAUACAAUGAUAAAGACAGUGGUGGCAUGCUCGUUUGGUCUCCACAUCACACAAUAUUUGACUCGAAAUUGGAUGAGUACAUUGCCAUUGCAAAAGAAAAGCAUGGGUACAAUGUUGAACAGGCUCUUGGCAUGCUCUUCUGGCAUAAACACAACAUCGAGAAAUCCCUGGCCGAUCUCCCGAACUUCACCCCCUUCCCUGAUGAGUGGACUGUGGAGGACAAGGUGUUGUUUGAACAAGCAUUCAGUUUUCAUGGGAAGAGCUUCCAUAGGAUACAGCAGAUGUUGCCGGACAAAUCCAUAUCCAGUCUUGUGAAGUACUACUACUCAUGGAAAAAAACACGGUCCCGGACAAGCCUGAUGGAUCGUCAAGCACGGAAGCUGGCAAACCGGAGUAAUCAAGAUGAAAGUGAGGAGGAAAUGGAAGAGGCCAACCCCAUUGAGGCAAACGACAGUGAUUAUGACCCUACAAAAGAGACAAAGAAAGAGAGUCACACUGAGCCUCAGACAUUGAGUUCCAAGAUUGGAAUGGGACGGCGAGACCAUCAGACCCUACAGCACCGCCAUCACUCCCAGCGGUCAAAGUGCCGCCCACCCAAAGGCAUGUACCUCACACAGGAGGACGUGGUGGCCGUCUCCUGUAGCUCCAGUGCAGCAAACACUGUCCUGCGUCAGCUAGACAUGGAGCUGGUGUCCCUCAAACGGCAGGUUCAAAACGCCAAGCAGUUAAAUAGUGGACUUAAACAGACGAUUGAAGAUGGAGUUGAUGAAUUCCGGCUGCCUGAGUGCACCCAAAAAAUGAAUGCCCGCUGGACAACAGACGAGCAGCUCUUGGCCGUACAAGGGGUGCGAAAGUACGGGAAGGAUUUCCAGGCUAUCGCUGACGUCAUCGGGAAUAAAACGGUGGGACAGAUGAAAAAUUUCUUUGUGAACUAUCGGCGGCGCUUUAACCUGGAUGAGGUGCUUCAGGAGUGGGAGGCGGAACAGGGAACCCGAGCCCCCAAUGGAGACGGUGCCAACUCUGGUGAGGAAGGAAAGAACAGCAACACCUCUUCAGGAAAGAGCACAGAUGAGGAAGAGGAGGAGGGUCAGGUGACUCCAGCGUCUGGUCCAUCUCCUGUAGCCACAUCAUCAGCUUUAAUGCCCACCAUCACCUCCACCUCUUUCAACCAGCCCCCGCCCCUUCUGCGCCCCUCCCUGCCUGCCACCCCAGCCCUACAUCGCCAACCGCCACCAUUGCAGCAGCAAGCCCGCUUCCUCCAGCCGCGCCCCGCCCUCAACCAGCCACCGCCGCUCAUUCGACCCUCUAACACCCUCCCUCCACGCCUCAACCCCAGACCCGCAGCGCCUGUCCCCAUUGCCCCAGGCCAGCAACUCCCCACUCUAGUGGGCAUCCAGUCUGAAACGCCCCCCUCUUCUCUGCACUGACAGGUUUAUAUAUGAAUUAGUUAGGUCAUUGUGAAUAUUAGAAUAAAUAAUAGUCUAUUGUUAAAUGUAAAUAUUCGGCAUGUGUUAGGUAUGUUUCUAUUUAUUUGAAAUACAACAGAUUUGUUUCAUUUUAGAUUUUGUAAUGUUGUAACUCCCUUCUAAAAACAAAAAAAUAAUAUUAUGUGCUAUAUUUCUGCACUUUUACCUGGUUUUUGUUUGACACCAAUGCAUUCAAAGUACAGUGUAAUGUCAUACCUCUUAGAAAAAGGGUUUGCCUGUUGUUUUGAUCUUCUGUCGUCUGUGGUUGUUCUCUUGUCUUGGUUACUCUGUUUAUCACAAGCCAUUUCAAUAUUUAAUCAUGUGCAGGAUAUAAAGUAUUGAAAUCUAAAAUUAAAUUUUCACUAGUAAAACUUUUACAAGAAUCUGUCAUUCACUCCUGUUCAAAAUGCAAUUACAGAUAUCUUUGAUUCAUUUCGUACUUUUGAAAUUACAAAUUCACGUCAUUAAUACACUUAUAAAUUUUUUUUUUUAAAUAUUAAUAAUUGUUACUAGUGCAAAUGUCCAUUCAUGAUAUCAACAAUUGAAUUACAACUAGAAAAAUUGUAUUAAUCUAAUUUGGCUUUUAAUAAUAACUGUGAUGUUAUUGUAACUAGUACUAAUGCUUUCAAUCAAUAUCUUUAAUUACUCUUCGAUUUAAUGAUAUCUGAAAUCCAUUUCCAGAUGUUGAAAUCAAUAUUGUCAUUAGUGAAAACCAAGUUACAGAUAUCAAAAAUUAGCAUGUUUACUUAGUAGGUUCCAAGCACUGAAAGUGCAGGUGGCUCUAGCUCAACCUUGAAAAUGGUAGUAUUAGCUGCGCCACACUAGAAGUCAGCCAUUUUGGAUUUUUAAACUUUUGGAUUUUUAAACUUUUGGAUUUCUGAACUUUUAAAUACCCCUUGGGGAUUCAUGUGACUUGCACCAAAUUUGUGCAACAUCAUGCCAAGACAUUGCAGAUGCUAAAUUGCGAGUGGACUUUUUAUAUUUUGAAUGGUGUUGCCAUGGCGAAGCAAUAAAUUUAUGGGUAAAAAUGUAUAAUAUAAUCUUUCAUAAUUGUACUUAUUAGCUCAGCCCAACAGGAAGUUGGCAAUUUUGGAUUUUUUUUUAAUACUGCAGUCUCUGAAAUUUAAAAUACUCCUCCUAGGUCAUUCAUGGGACUGUCACCACAUUUACACAAUAUUAUGCCAAGACACUGAUGAUGCUAAAGUGCCAACAGAUUAUGAUAUAUCGAAUGGUGUUGCCAUAUUGAGGCAUUCAAUUAAUGGCAAAUGGGAAGUGUGUGAUUUAGAUCAAAAUUGAUAUGUAUGUUUACACUUGGGGGGGGGCUAAUCACAUGGAUUUGACUAUUUUGGGUCAUUGUCAUAGCGCCACCACCUGGCACCAAGAAGUGUGGCUCUUACAACAGACUUUAAAAUAGUCCUCUUAUAUUUACCCACAUUUAAAAAAAAUUUUUUUAGAAUAAUGACAAAUGCAUGUGUCCACCUUGCAUUGUUUUCCAAUAGCUACGGGGUGAAUAUGAACCAGUUGUGCUUAGGCUUGUCAUUGCUGCUUGCAGCAAUAUUAAUUCCAUUUAAGUACUUUAAUUGCUAAUAUAUAAUUAGCAUAUAUAAUUAGUAAUUUCUGAUAUAUAAAAUUGGAAUUUCAACUAGCACAACAUUAUAGAUAUCGGUCAUUUUUUUAACACGAUUGAAUGACAGAUUCUAAAGUGAAAUUCUAUACUAAAAAUGCAGUUACAGAUAUCAGUAAUGAUUUAAUAGUUGAAAUGUCACUAGUGCAGAUGUAAUUACUGAUAUCAUAAAUUAGCAUUUUUACUAGUUUUUCCAUUCCUGGUGUAUUUUAACUAGUGAAUAUUUGACUGGAGAUAUAUAUAUUUCGCAUCCUACAUGUGAUUAAAUGUCAAACGGGCUUGCCAUACUGUGCUUUUAUAUUUUGAAUCUUGGUGCUAUGGACUGACAGGUGAACAAAUGCCUGUCCAAAUUUUCUUGCCAUCAAAGUGCUCUUAAAAAAUAAGUGGAAAUCAUCUCAAUCUUUACAAUUGCUUAUAAAGAUCAAAGAAGAAAUCUUAGUUUUCUGUCAUACAUGUUCAUAAGUUGUUACAAACUCAUUUUAUCAAAUCUUUUUUUCCAUUGUUGGUAAAUUAUUCCAAUAAUCAAAUAAUUAAAAUGAUAUGGUCCUUUUCAAAAGUACAACUCUCAUUUCAGCCUAAUAAAUGUUUUUGUAGUGUUUAUUAUUAUUUAUUUGGGUCCAUUUAUGAACCUGUUUGAAGUACUUUGAAGUGUGAAUGGUCCAGAUGUUUCAACCAGACAUUAAGUUUCCAUUGAAUUCCAAGUUGUGGGAUUCUGCAAUUUAACAAGAGGAUAAACAUCUGAAGAUGGAGAUUACUGUGUGAACUUGUUCAGUUGUGUCAGCCUGUACAAUUUUCUCAUUAUGACUUCAUUUUCUCUCUUUUAUCGGAGUACUUGUUCUUUAGGUGUUUAAUGACCUGAUUAUUUGUGAUAUUUCUAUUUAAUCUGUCAGUUUUUAUGUACAUGUUUCUUUGCCUGUGUGCAAACCUUGGCACUUAAAAAGCUCAUUUUAAAGCUAAACACGAGGAAGAUUCUGCUCAUAACUGCUGUUUCUACUGUGUGCAUUUUGACUGCAGAUCGGAACGUGCUUGAAAUGUCUCAAACAAUAUGAAACCAUUCAGUUGGACGAUGUUAAGCAUUGUUUAUGUAUCUUAUGAUGGAUAUUCCUCAAGAUUUGUUUUUUUAAACAGCGAAGGCUACAAGAGGUGUGGCGGCAUUUUAUGUGUAAAAAAAUAGUAAAGUCUCUUACAAGUUGUGCCUAAAGCAUGUUCAUUAUGUAAAGUGUAAUGCUCUGUCAUGUGCUUGUCAUAUUGAAGUA